UCAAUUAAAUUUAAAGUAAAGAAAAAAUAAACUAUUUUUAUUCAUGGUGGGAAGAAAGUGUUCGCCAUUUUUCCCUUCCUGCCGACCCCACACCAUAAAUUUAUUUAAGAUUAAUUUAUAUGCUAGCGGGACGUGAAGAGGCAGUGGUGCGACCCUCUAUAGUACUGACUACCGAUUGUACUGAUUGAUAGCUGAAGGUAUACAUUUAGACCGCUUAUAAGAAUAAAAUAUCGUGAUUGAACCGUGUUAAUUUGUGUGAUCCGUUCGAGGUUUUCCGUCCACAAUGGCAGACGGUGAACCAUUAAACAUAGACAGUAUAAUCGCACGGCUUUUAGAAGUAAGAGGAUGUCGACCUGGUAAAACAGUACAAAUGUCUGAAGCAGAAGUCCGGGGAUUAUGUUUGAAAUCUAGAGAAAUAUUUUUACAACAACCAAUUUUAUUAGACUUAGAAGCACCUUUAAAAAUAUGUGGAGAUAUACAUGGACAGUACACUGACCUAUUGCGUUUAUUUGAAUAUGGUGGGUUUCCUCCAGAAGCCAACUAUUUAUUUUUGGGUGAUUAUGUUGAUCGUGGAAAACAAUCUUUAGAAACUAUUUGCCUUUUAUUAGCAUAUAAAAUAAAAUAUCCAGAAAAUUUUUUUCUUUUACGAGGCAAUCAUGAAUGUGCAAGUAUAAACAGAAUCUAUGGAUUUUAUGACGAAUGUAAAAGACGUUAUAAUAUAAAAUUGUGGAAAACUUUUACUGAUUGUUUCAAUUGUUUGCCUAUUGCGGCUAUUAUUGAUGAAAAAAUAUUUUGUUGUCAUGGUGGACUUAGUCCUGAUUUACAAGGAAUGGAACAAAUAAGACGCAUUAUGCGUCCAACUGAUGUACCAGAUACUGGCUUACUUUGUGAUUUAUUAUGGUCUGAUCCCGAUAAAGAUGUUACUGGUUGGGGAGAAAAUGAUAGAGGUGUUUCCUUCACUUUUGGUACUGAUGUUGUAGCCAAAUUUUUAAAUAGACAUGAUUUAGAUCUCAUAUGUCGAGCACAUCAGGUCGUAGAAGAUGGUUAUGAGUUUUUUGCCAAAAGGCAAUUGGUUACGUUAUUUUCUGCACCAAAUUAUUGUGGAGAAUUUGAUAAUGCAGGAGGAAUGAUGUCUGUUGAUGCAACUCUAAUGUGUUCAUUUCAAAUUCUGAAACCAUCUGAAAAGAAAGCAAAAUAUCAAUAUUCAGGAUUGAACUCUGGACGACCUGCUAGUAAUACAACUGCUGUAAAAAAGAAAUAAAUAAUCUUUAGUUGAACAUGUAUUAUAAGCAACUAAUAUUGUUUAUAAUGUACCUCUGUGCUUGAAUCAUUUUCUUUUGAAAACUUAGAAUAUUUAUAUAAUAACAUAAUAUGUUAUAUAUGUAUAAAAAUUGAUUUUACCUUAACAAUCAUUAAAUAAUGGUUCCUUGUGACCUAAGUUAUAUAAAGUCCUAAGUAUUGAUUGAUUAUUUGAUUUUAAUUUUAUGAA